AUGCCGCCCCGAAGUGUCUGCUUGAAUGUUUUCACCACAAGUCUUGGUGAAGCUGGUACAGCGGUGAGGGAAGGACGAGAGGUCAACCCACACGAACUCACCUUUGGAAGGAGAGACUCUGCUCAGAGCCUACCAGACGAUCAUAGCGCUCGCCGCUCGUCCUCAGCGUCCCCUUCCUCAGCAGCAACAUCACCACCCCCAGCAUUCAAUCGCGCAGACCUGUUCAACUCUCUGCGCCCAGCAGCUUCGACUGAGAGCCUAAGCUCCGCUUUUGCUUUCGGUUCCAAAGCCUGCUCGACCUGCUCGGGCCAGAGUGCCAGGCUCCGUUGCUCGCGCUGCAAGAACGCGUACUAUUGCGACAAGGCCUGCCAAAAAUCUUCCUGGAAGGCACACCGACAAACCUGCGAGCCGGCCUCGCAGAUGCAGGGCUACUCCGCACCUGCAACUCCUGAUUGCUCGAAUCCUGCCAGUCCUACCAACGCCUGA